GUUCGGCCCUGGGGUUACAGGAAGUUGUAGCAGCUGCCAUGUUGAGCUGCUUUGUUGUAGAUUUCUUGUAGGUUUUCCAGCAGAUUUUUUAAAGUGUGGCAAUGGAGCCGAGCUGGAGUACCUUCCUGUUUCAGCAGGCCAAUGAUGCCCUGCACCACCAGCAUCAGGUGGGCCCAAACAGCCUGCUGCCGCUGCUUAACGCCGGCACCGAGCCGCAGGACCAGAAGCCCAUCAUGCCCAUCCAGCUGGAUCAGAAGCCCCCAGUGAGCUCCGCUGACCUCCUGAAGGACAGCAUGGGCAGCGUGACGGGCGCUGGAGGAGGAGGGGGAGGAGGGGGCCACGGUGGUGGAGGAGGAGGCAUAGGAGCACCGAUGCCCAUAAUAAAGAAAGAACCCAAAAGCAAAACGCCGUUCAUCUGCGGUUACUGCAACAAGGCCUUCCGAGAUAGCUACCACUUGCGACGGCACGAGUCGUGUCACACCGGGGUCAAGAUGGUGUCGCGACCUAAAAAGACAGCACAGACCACGGCGCCCACCAUGGUGCCACUGCUCUCAAGCAUGACACGAGAAAACAACGCUAACCCCUCCUACAUCCUCACUACAGCCGCCACGUCGGCCUCGGGGGUCAUGGUGCCGACCUCCACGGUUGCUGGGUGCCAGCCGAGCGCGCCCAAAAAGCCAGCCAAGCCUGUGAAGAAGAACCACGGGUGCGAGAUGUGCGGCAAGGCCUUCCGUGAUGUCUACCACCUGAACAGGCACAAGCUGUCUCACUCGGACGAGAAGCCGUUCGAGUGCCCGAUCUGCCAGCAGCGAUUCAAGAGGAAAGACCGCAUGACCUAUCACGUGCGCUCGCAUGAUGGCGGCGUGCACAAGCCCUACGUCUGCUCCGUUUGUGGGAAGGGCUUCUCCAGGCCUGAUCAUCUCAGCUGCCACGUCAAACAUGUGCAUUCCUCAGAGAGGCCGUUUAAAUGCCAAGUAACGGCCUGCACAUCAGCCUUCGCCACCAAAGACAGACUGCGCUCUCACAUGAUCCGCCACGAGGGCAAGGUCACGUGUAACAUCUGCGGCAAGAUGCUCAGCGCCGCCUACAUUACCAGCCACUUAAAGACGCACGGCCAGACCAACUUCAACAACUCCUGCAACAAAGGAGACUGGCAGUGGAACUCCUCAGGGCUGCAAAAAGGAGACUGGCAGUGGAACUCCUCAGGGCUGCAAAAAGACAACACUGACGUGUGCCAUUCGGGCUCAGUCACGCCCGUCACGGUGUCUGUGCCCGCCACUACGCCGAUGAGCCGCGCCAACGCCAGCACGGCCGUGACCAUCGGCGCUCAGAUGAACCUGAGCACCACGGUAAACACGGUGAACAUCACAUCAGCGCCAGUGAGCCUGCAGCACCCGGUCACCAUCACCGGCCCAGUGAACAUCGCCUCGGUCAACAUCCCAGCCACGGCGUCGCCCAUGAACAUCGCCCAUCCGGUUGCCAUCACCACGCCCAUGCCCAUGAACAUCGCCGCGCCUCUCAACAUCGCCAUGCGGCCCAUGGAGAGCAUGCCCUUCCUCUCGCAGGUCCUGCCUUCCUCGCCGCCAUGGUGAACCGCACCCCAGCUUCAUUAACCUGAUUCUCCCAACCAGCUGACUCCGCCCCCUUCCCUCAGCCAGCGAGUGUUUACUCUACUCUUGUGGCUCGGUCCUACAGCCACAUCACAACAGCGCUGCAACCAUGAUGGAGUUUUAUACCCAGUUUUUGUGAAGGAUUUCUUACCUAGAUUUGAUUCAUUCGAGAUGAAUAUUUAGCGACACUGAGCACGCAGACCUCGCUGCAAGGUUUUUCAAAGACAAAUGCAAUAAGUGCUGAUUUUUUUAAAAAAUAUAUAUAUAUAUAUUAUUUUUUUUUCUUUCCCAGAACAUUGGGAUUUCUUUUUACAUUGUUUAGCUGUAGCCUGCUAAUCAGUAUUUAAUAUUUUUGCGAGUUGUAAAGGGAUAAAGGCUUUUUACUGAGUGAGAGGGAGGUGGUUGGUUUUUUUUAAAUGUUUUACAGAGAAGGCUUGCUGAUUUAUCAUUCAAGGUACGGAAACUGUAUGUUAUUGUACAGUUGCGUAUGCUGGUGUUUGUGUUUUAACCGACUACAAUUUUUUAUUUUAUUUUUUUGUUUUUUCCUUUCCUUCGGCGGUGGUGUUCCUGGCACUGACUCAUGACUGUUAUUUUUUUUCCUGCUCUGUUUAUUAAGGAUGGCUGGAGUGUGCUUUGUUUACUCGAUCGUCAGCAGUUAGGAUUCACUUUCUUUUUUCUUUUUUCUUUUUAAUCAGGAACAGAUAGAGUAAAGAUUCUUGCACUGAAAGCAUAUCCCUCGUGUACAACACCAGUAUUAUCAAAGAUCAAACAUCGGGGAAUCAGCCUGGACAGAACCGGGCCGGUUUGAGACUGGCGAAAGCUGCACCUCAAAAGUUCGAGUUCACUUUGAUUUGGACUGAAUUUCUGUCGAAAAACUAGUAGGUAGUGUUUUAUACCAUUGUUUUUAAUCUUACCAUGAACUUCAUUUAGUUUUUUUUUCCCCUUUCUUUUAAUAAGGGCCCUGUUAAGAGGAAUUUUCUGCUCAGGAAACCCAGUAAACUACUUUUAUAUUUUAUUUGAAUAAUAAUAUCCAGCAUCCUGGACUUCUCAUUUUGUAAAUAUUUAUUUCUUCACACACCCUUUUUCCCUCAUGAUGAUGGAGGGAUAAACCAAGCAACUGAUCUCACCGUCCAUUUUUAAUGGAACUCUUCCAUCAUGGUCCUUGAUGAGAAAUCAGACUCCUUGCCUUGCCUCAUGCACAUGUGCGAUUUGAAGCGCGCCUUCAUCGACUUUCCACCCUCUCGAGUGGCCACUUGCAGCGAAGGCAAUGUCAUUAAAGCUAUUUCCUGUAUGCUGGAUUCCUAAUGAACUACUGUGCUACUCGAACAAGCCAAGGUACUCGAGCCGACCUCUGAGUUUCCGAAGAAGACGCCGUAUUAGCUGCUUGUGGCAGACAGCCAGCGCUUCCUCACUACACACUGCUUCAGAAACAAAGACGUGAACUUGCUUCAGUCAGUCGAAUACAUCUUGCUCUAAACAUGUACUAGUUUUUAAAAAUCAAGUCUUCCCAGCUACAGGGAAGCACCAACAACCAAUCAGAUUACAAGCUUUAAAAGCUGUGGGCAGAGCUUCUAAUUCUAGUAAUGAAUUCCAUCGUGUACAGAUGGGCAUAUUGGCUACAUUACUAUGUGAAUGUGGUACAUUUAAUUUUUUAUUAUUAUUAAACGUUGGUCACGUUUCCAAACAACGCAAUUGCAAUUCGGAUUCCCUCUAAAGUCCACGAGGUCACUUCACUAGCUGCAUCGUCAACAUGGUUGCUAGGCAACAAAUGGUGAUCAUUUGUUACACAUUGUUCCAAGAGUCAUGACAGUCUUGUUCAUGUAGUCGUUAGGUCUUUAGUUAGUUACUGGAGCACUCGAUUGAUGUGACGGACAGAGAAGACGUACGCGUGUGUGUAAAGGCGGGUUUCAUCUCCACAUUAAGUUCGCUGAGGCCUAUAGGAAUCUCCAAGUCUCCCGGAUUGAAACAAUGGCGAUGGAGUUUCCAUUAAAGGGAAGUCAACCAGGGCGUGUUUACAAACUGGACGUUAGUGAGAACAAUUUUUUGUUUUUGGUUUUUUUUUGCUCUCAGUCAGAUCAUAUUUUGAUUCAGGAGACUGGCGACUCAAACAUGCUUUAUAGGAGACGAGUCCUGAUCGCUGGGGACCACUACGAGGGUUUGGAGCCCUGCCAAUGUGAGUCUAGGUACACUGUGUGAACCACUAACGGUGCACAGCUCUGUGUUAGUAUUUUUUUUUUUUCUUUUCCAUUUGAACUUAUUUUGCAACUCGCUCCAGGACACUGAGUGUGGACUUGGUGCAGAGAUGACACUAAUUUAGGAGGUUUUUCUUUGUACGGUAUUGAUCAGUAGUUUCAGGCAUGUGCCGAGAAUCGGUUUUACGAUAAAAUGCAAUAAUCACAUGCACAAUAUUCUCAUCGUUCUCGUCGACAUGUCACAACACCAUCCGUUCACGAGCCUAUAUAAAGGCGGCGUCUUGUGGGUCAAGUUUACAAAAAUUCAACAAAAGUUCUCUGCCUUAAUCAGUCGCUGUAAACUGUAAGAAAGAAGAGUUUAGAGAAAUGAAACAGCGGCACAUGCCUGAGUGUAACCCUGAAGUGGAAACUGAUAUCAAAACGCAGGAGGAAUUACAUUCACACGUCAACCAAAAAAUAAAUAAAUAAAUUCACCACAUGCAGGUGAGGGUUAUUUUCUUAGUUCUCUUUGGUUUUUAUUUUUUUGUAUUAUUUUAUUAUUAUUAUUAUUAUUAUUAUUAUUAUUAUUAUUAUUAUUUUUACAGAUUUCAUUUGUUGCCUCGUUUUUAUUUGCCAAGUCCGCACCAGUUUUGAGGUCUUGAACUCUGAGUUGAUGUGUGUAUGAAUGGAGUCGUUCUUGGCUCCUGCAUGAGCUGAACACUUUGGGAAACCCCUGUGAAGAAGGCAGUUGAAUGUAUAUCUUUGUACAAAACACGGUUUAGCUCUGAGGACGUGGUAGUUACCGUACAAAUAGAGACGCGAGUGACGGAGACGCGAGAUAACCUUUUAUAAGAACCUUUUUAUUAGAACAUUAACAACAGUAAUUUUUUUUUUUGUAUAUAUAUGAAGACUAGGCUUUCUGAUUAGCAGAAAGAGGAAACAUUCCUACAUUUUUUUUAAAUGUAUGUUUGUCAGAAAGAGUUAUGUAAACAUGCCCAAUGUUUUAUGUGCCUUUUAUUUGGGUUGUCUA